AUGCCAGCAGACAAAUUGACCAAGCCAUUAUCACAACAAAGUUUCAUUAUUAAUGUUAUUCUGCUGAAGAGGUUCCGACAGAUUGAAGCAGCUAGUGAUGUCUCCUUCGCGGAUAAUUCAGAUAAAAGAUCAACAGAAGAUUACAUCUUCAAACUUUUUGAAGAAUCUGUUGAUUGGAAGUCAAAGAAACAGAGAAUAACAACUUCCACCAUUGAAGCUGAACUACUAGCUAUAUCACAGACAGGCAAGGAGUCAAUUUGA